ACUUCACAACAAAUGAUGAGGAAAUGGGUUCUAAGGAAGAGAUGCAAGAUUGGUUGUUAAGUGUUGGUAUUGUGUCUCCAGUUACAAAGGAAUCUGCUGGUGCACUGUAUCAUCAACAACUGUCCCGUCAGUUGGCAGAUUUUGUCAGAAUCCCGCUAGAGAGAUCUGGAGGCAUGAUGAAUCUUAUAGACAUUUAUUGUCUCUUUAAUCGCGCCCGGGGGACAGAAUUGAUAUCACCUGAUGAUUUACUGCAAGCCUGUUCCCUAUGGGAGAAGUUUGAUGUUCCAGUCAUGGUGCGGAAGUUUGAUAGUGGAGUCAUGGUCGUACAAAACAAGUCUAAUAGUGAUGAGGAGGUGAUUCUUUCAUCUUAA